AGGUGAUCACAGAUUGACAAAUUACAUGUGAUGUCGAAACAAGAACAAUUGGCACGUGUUUGUAUCGUCUCGGUGGUCUGAAGAACGAAUACAAAGGGUUUGGAAAGCCUCGUCUUUGUGCGACGCUACCACUGAAAUCGAAACCCCGACAAAACGACGGUGAACUCCUAAUAUUCCUUCUGACCUUGACCCACUGACCUAAGAAUAUGUCAGUAGGCCUCCGCGUCUUGCGAGGCCCUGAUUGGUCGAGUGAAGACCGUGAUGGAGGUGAAGGUCACGUGGGCACGGUGGCCAGCGUGGGCGGCGAGGGCACGUGCGAGGUUCUCUGGGACAGCGGCGACAGAUGCAUGUGCCGAAUAGGAAAGUUCGGCAAACACGACCUCAGGAUUUUCGAUAACGCUACAAUUGGAGUCCGCCACCCUGAUGUCUGCUGUGAUGGGUGUGAGUCUCAGGGUAUUUCUGGGAUGCGGUGGACGUGUGCCAAGUGCAAGCGAUGCAACCUGUGCUCAUUGUGCUACGUCACUGACAAACAUGACCUCGCUCACGAGUUCCUGAGAUAUGAUACGCCCACCUCUGAAGGUGUGAAGGUCAAGAAGCGUUCUGCGAGUCUGAAGAUCCGGGCUAUGGGAAUGUUCCCUGGGUCGCAGGUCAAGCGAGGUGCAGACUGGAACAGUGCCAACCUAGACGGAGGGCCCGGGAAUGUUGGAGAUAUCAUCACCCUCAUCAACAGCGUCUCCACCCCCUCCACACGCAACAUGGUCAAGGUGAAGUGGCCAAGCGGUGAAGUGAGUACCCACAGAGUGGGCUAUCAAGGGAAGGUUGACCUGCAGUACAUAGAGCAGAGCCCCGGGACAUAUUACUACAAGGAGCACCUGCCCUAUCUAGAUGCAGAGAGUGCCAGGCAGACCCCGGUCAAGCAAGCGGAAGUUCUGCAAGUAGGAGACAAGGUGUAUAUCCAUGUUCCUGCAGCCUCCCUCAAGUCUCUACAGAGCGACCGGUCAGGCUGGACAUCAGGGAUGGCCAAUUGUAUCGGCAAGGUCGGGAUCCUCAAAGGGUUUGCAUCGUCUGGGGAUGCCACUGUAGAGUUUGGGGGCAUGCGGUUCCGAUUCACCCCUGCAGCACUGAGAAAGAUUCCGACCUUGAAACAAGGCGAGGUUGUCCAGUUGAUCAGCGAGGAAGACCGGGUCAAGGCUCUUCAAGAUGGCCAUGGGGAGUGGACUUCCGACAUGAAACAGGUCUUAGGAAAGUGUGGAAAGGUUGUGAAGGUCGACGAUGAUGGGGAUGUUGUGGUGGCGUUUGGCAAGAGGACAUUCCUGUUGAACCCAGCUAGCUGUGUUCCCGCUCCAGGGGAGAAAGUGUUCGAACUGGCGGAAUCUUUGUCCCCUCCCAGGUCCUCUGGGGCAGGGAUUACUGAAACACAUGGCGACCUCUUGAAGCUGAUGGCAGCGAUGAUGAUGAAAGAUCUUCACAUGGCUGUCGCUGACCCAGAUAUGAUGUAUCAGGCAAUUGGGAAAGGCGAUGCUGGCAUGGUCAGGUCCAUUGUCAGCAAAGCCCCUAAACUGCUGAACGUCAACCACAAGGGUGUGACCCCACUGAUACUGGCUGCCCAUGAGGGUCAGACGGAGGUUGUGAGGGCGUUGCUGGAGCUGGGGGCGGACACCAGCCCGACAGAUGGGAAGGGCCAUACUGCUCUCCAUGCUGCUCUCAUUGGAAAAAAGGAGAAAACAGCACAGCUGCUGUUGGAGAAAGGUGCCAAUGUACAGGUGUGUAACCACCAAAAGAGGUCAGCCCUCCACUUUGCUGCCUUCGCCAACCUCCCACGUGUCAUGGAGGAUCUCAUCAAGAGGGGAAGUAACGUCAAUGCAAAGGAUGUGGCAGGUGACACAGCUCUUCAUGAUGCCAUUCAGAAGGGCAACAGGGAGGCCAUUGAACUUCUGAUGAGAGCUGCCAAGAUUGACCUCAGCAUUCCCAACAACAAAGGCUUCAACCCUUUGCAGUUUGCUGCUUUUACUGGAAACACAAGCGCUACUCAGGCCAUCUUGAAGAGAGACACCUCUGUGGUUAAUCUUCAGAAGGGCGAGGACAGAUUCGCCGCUCUCCACAUCGCUGCCAUCAACGACCAUGUGGAAUGUGCCAGACUUCUCAUUGAUGUGGGGAAGGCCAAGGUUGAUAUCCAGGGUGCCAAUGGAAGCACAGCCCUCCACCUCGCCUGCCACGAGGCUCUAUACAGGACAGCAGAGUUGCUCUUGGAGAAAGGUGCCGACCCCAACGUGAAGGAUGUGAGCGGCAACACAGCGUUACACAUCGCCAUGGGCGCAGACAAAUCUACAGGAAGAGGCACAGAGCAUCAACUGUUGGCGGCGCUGCUUGGACUGACGUCACGCACCGACGACGAGGCACGCGUGAAGCUGGCAUGUCUGUUGCUGCAGAAGAAGGCCAUCAUGGACGCCAAGAACAACAAUGGCGCCACACCACUGGAUGUUGCCAAGAGUCCCACAGUUAAGCAGGCAGUACAGCUAUUUGUCAGACAAAACCAGGGUUCCAUCCAGCGUUCCGCCACCUCCACCCCCCGAGGGGGUGGGGCAAGGGUCCAGCUGCGCACCACCAUGUUUGACAUGCAGCUCCCGUGUGCCAAGUGUAUGAGCAAGAUGGCGGACAUCACCCUGAUGCCGUGUGGGCACAAGAUCUUGUGUCGACAGUGUUGCCUGACUACCGAGAUAUGUCCACUCUGUGAGACCCACAUUGAGCGUAGACUCGCCAAAAAAGAGCGAGCUGACUUUGAGGAACCUUGCAAAGUUCAGUGAGGUGCCCUGGCCCUGAACUGACAAGAUGGGAUCUAUCGUCUGAACAGAUAUACCAUUAACAGACAGAUGAAGCAAGAUUCUCUUUUGUUCUCAAAGUUACCUUUCAUGAUCAUAACUAUUGGCAAGGGCUGGCGAAUGUGAUGUCGACAUCUUGCUUGUUUGGCACUUAGCCAUGGGGAUAUAACUGUUCAGUGAAGACUUGUUAACCAGGACUCUGUCAACUUAUAUGUCACUUGACACUUUGUAUGUGCACCCUAGUUUCACAUCUGCACUCGCUUCUCUCGAACUCCUCACAACUUGAUAUUUGUUGUAGUUUUAGUAUUAAUGGUAUUGUGUAUUUGCAUUACAUGUACAACAUAUGAUGUCUCAAACGAGGGUAGGGUCCGUUCAAUCCAAUCAGUCUUUUUCCAUGAAACUUGGCAUCUGCAUUUCUCAUCAACUGAACUGGUGCCUUUU